AGGGUAUGGGUAUGCAUUCCGCUGUUUCUCCUUAAUCUUCUUCUCCGAUUCUACCGAUAAAACUCAACUGAGACACUGAAUUCUCAAGCCCCAUUGCACCCAAAAAUUUAUAAUAGUACAAAGUAAACAAUGGAUGAAACGGGGAAGAAAAGAAAGAGAGGAAUGGGAACGGGAGCAUCUGGUGGGGCUGGGAAGAAGAGGCAGAAGAAAGGGAAGUACCGAAGAGUAGAGACCAUGGUUGCCAAAGCUACUAGAAUUCGUCUGACCCAGAUUCUUGAAGAGUUCCGUAAAUCUGACGCUGGAGUGUAUACAUUUGAAGCUAAUAUGUCAAAUCAGGAUCGAGCUGCUGUGCAUAUGCUAUGUAGAAAAAUGGGAAUGAGGUCCAAAAGUACUUGGCGGGGGGAUAAUCGAGAAGUUUCUGUUUAUAAGACGAAAAAGGAAGAGGGGAAGGAAAAUCUUGUUUCUUUCAGAUUUUCAGCUGAAGCAAAAGAUGUUUUACAGGAUUUGUUUUCUCGGUAUCCCCCUGAUGACAGAGAGAUGGCUGAGAAUAAGGUUGGAGAAAGUUCCGUAAGAACUAAUAAAGUACAAAAAAGAAAAGGCGACAUAUUUUGCAAACCUGCGAUGACCAAGUCUGAAAUUGCAAGGGAGGUGGUAUCAGUUGCUUCAAGGAUAGAAAAAUCCCCAUACUUGAGACAGAUCACCGAGGAGAGGUCUAAGCUUCCAAUUGGAUCUUUCAGGGAUACCGUUACAUCAGCUUUGGAAUCUCAUCAGGUUGUGCUCAUAUCUGGUGAAACUGGAUGUGGAAAAACAACACAGGUCCCACAGUUUAUUCUGGAUCAUGUAUGGGGUAAAGGAGAGACAUGUAAAAUUGUUUGUACUCAGCCACGAAGAAUCUCUGCCACAUCAGUGGCAGAGAGAAUUGCUACAGAAAGAGGUGAAAAUGUUGGAGAUACUGUAGGGUACAAGAUACGGCUGGAGAGCAAAGGUGGGAAGCAUUCAUCUCUUCUGUUUUGCACCAAUGGGAUUUUGUUGAGGGUUCUAGUUGGCAGAGGAGCUUCUAAGAAUACUGGAAAUAGUGUCUCUGACAUAACCCACAUCAUUGUGGAUGAAAUUCAUGAAAGGGACCACUACUCUGAUAUCAUGCUAGCAAUUAUCAGAGACAUGCUUCCUUCAUAUCCUCAAUUGCGCCUGGUGUUGAUGAGUGCCACAUUUGACGCUGAACGAUUUUCAGACUAUUUUGGUGGCUGUCCUAUUAUUCGAGUUCCUGGGUUUACUUAUCCUGUGAAAAGUUUCUAUCUAGAGGAUGUACUUUCUAUACUGAGAUCAACAGAAAACAAUCACCGAAAAUGUACUUCAGAUGAUGUGACAAUGGAGGACUCUAUCUUAACUGAGGAGUACAGAGUUGCUCUUGAUGAAGCUAUUGACUUGGCUUUGUCAAAUGAUGAGUUCGAUCCUCUCCUUGAUUUAAUAUCUUCUGAAGGGGGUCGAAAAAACUUCAAUUACCAGCAUUCUAUAACCGGAGUUACACCACUUAUGGUAUUUGCAGGAAAAGGGAGAGUUGGUGAUAUUUGUAUGCUGCUCUCUUUCGGAGCAGACUGCCGUUUACAAGCCAGUGAUGGAAAUACUGCCCUCGAUUGGGCUGAGGGAUUCGAUCACGUGGAAGCUGCUGAAAUUAUUAAAAAACACAAUGAGAAAACCAUUUCCCACACUGAAAAGGAAACAUUACUCAAUAAAUACUUAUCCAGCGUUGACCCUGAACUAAUUGACCACGUGCUCAUUGAGCAGCUACUAAGAAGAAUAUGUGCUGAAUCAAAAGAUGGAGCCAUUCUCGUUUUCCUUCCUGGUUGGGACGAUAUAAAUAAAACAAGAGAGCGUUUACAAUCUAGCCCCUUUUUCAAGGACGAGUCCAAAUUUGUCAUUAUAUCUCUUCAUUCCAUGAUCCCUUCAGUGGAGCAAAAGAAAGUUUUUGGACUGCCCCCUCCAGGAUGCCGCAAAAUUGUUCUUUCAACUAAUAUUGCUGAAACUUCUGUCACCAUUGAGGAUGUCGUUUAUGUCAUAGACAGUGGACGAAUGAAAGAAAAAAGUUAUGAUCCGUAUAAUAACGUGUCAACUCUUCAAUCUUCUUGGAUUUCAAAAGCAAGUGCAAAGCAACGAGAAGGACGUGCUGGACGGUGCCAACCUGGGAUUUGUUAUCAUCUUUACUCAAAAGAUAGGUCUGCUUCCUUGCCAGAUUUCCAAGUUCCUGAGAUUAAGAGGAUUCCAUUAGAAGAGCUAUGUUUGCAGGUGAAACUUCUAGACCCAUCUUGCAGAAUAGAACAUUUUUUGCAGAAGACAUUGGACCCACCAGUUCAUGAGACCAUACAUAAUGGGAUCACAGUUCUUCAAGAGAUUGGGGCUCUGACACUAGAAGAGAAUCUUACGGAACUUGGGAAGAGGGUUGGAUCCCUGCCAGUUCAUCCACUCAAGAGCAAGAUGCUUCUUAUUGCAAUAUUAUUGAAUUGUCUGGACCCGGCAUUGACGUUAGCUUGUGCUGCUGACUAUAGAGACCCAUUCACUCUACCCACACAACCUGAUGAAAAGAAGAGAGCUAUAGAUGCAAAAUCUGAGCUUGCUUCACUUUCUGGUGGCCUUAGUGAUCAGUUAGCUGUAAUAGCUGCCUUCGAGGGAUGGAAAAUUGCAAAGGGAAAAGAUGAAGGAUCUCAGUUUUGUUCUCGCUACUGCAUAUCUUCUAGCACUAUGAGAAUGAUAUCACGAAUGCGUAAGCAACUGGAGACUGAAUUGCGCCGGAGUGGUUUUCUACCAGAAGCUGCAUCUAAUUGUAGUGUGAACGCGCAGGACCCAGGAAUACUCCAUGCUGUCCUUGUUGCCGGUCUUUAUCCGAUGGUUGGAAGACUGCUUCGACCUAAAAAUGGUAUGAAGCCCAUUGUAGAGACUUCAAGUGGUGAUAAGGUUCGGUUGCAUCCCCGCUCAACCCUCUUCAAGCUACUAUUUAAAAAAUUUAGUGGGCAACCUUUGAUCAUGUUUGAUGAGAUAACUCGUGGAGAUAGGGGUUUGCACAUUAGAAAAUGUAGUGUUGUGGGUCCACUUCCAUUAUUGUUAUUGGCCAUGGAGAUCGUGGUGGCUCCUGCAAACGAAAAGGACUAUGAAGAUACGUAUGUCAAUGAUAGCAAUGAAGAUAAAAUAGAGAGCCAUGAUAAGUUAAUUGCUCUCCGUGAAGAGAAAAUUAUGUCCUCCCCUGACAAUGCAGUUAAAGUCAUUGUUGAUCGGUGGCUUCCUUUCGAGUCAAUGGCUCUUGAUGUUGCUCAUAUUUACUGCCUAAGAGAGAGACUCUCUGCAGCAAUAUUAUACAAAGUGACCCAUCCACGGAAAGUUCUUCCAGAACAUCUCGGUGCCUCUUUGAAAGCAAUGUCCUGUAUUUUAUCGAAGGAUGGAAUGUCUGAGAUCUCAUUGCCAUUGGAACCUGUGGACUUGUCAUCUACAAUGAUUAGUGCUGCCAAUAUUGGCCAGUUGAAUGGUACGACGAAAAUGGAAUUGAAUGAGAAUCCUGAACAUCACAAGUCGCUGACGAACAAUGGAAAGGAUGAGAACUCUGUCUCAAUAUCGUAAAGGAGUUGCCCAAUGCUGAACGCUGGAAUCAAGGUAAGCAAAUGAAUUUGAUUGAGUACUUGGCUCGUCCAACUCGAUCCGAAUCUCAAGUUUCUCGAGUAUAAGCUUGAUUAACUUGAAAAUAUUGUCGAGUCGAGUAGUAUGGCCAAGUUGUCAAUGGUCAAGGUCAAGUUGAUGAAGUUAACGCGUCUUUCAAAAUGUUGGAAAUAGACUAUAAUAAUUUUUAAAUAAGGUUUAUUGUCUUUUAGCCUAUAGAAAAGGCAUUUUUGAA